AUGUCGUCCAACAACACUAUCCCCUCCGUCCCCAAUCCACCGGAUCCUGAGUUUCCAUUCACCCAACCAGCAAACACUACAGCGUCAUCUCCUUCUCCACCUUCCCCCAUAGAACCUGCUCCAACCCCUCCAUUUCCCGCGGCGCGGUCAAGCGACAGAGGCUUAGCGCCAGGAGUAUUAGCUGGCUUGAUCACCGGAGCAGUUCUCGGAGCAACGUUUGUUCUAAUCGGAGUUUGUGUCUUCGUCUGUUUCUACAAGAGGAGAAAGAGGAAGCUGAAGAGAAGAAGAGACGCUGAAGCUGCCGCCAUUAAUGGAGACUCUUCAUUACCUUCUUUGUCUGAUCCAAAACUUGAUAAUAGUAACAAUCUCCAGCAAUGGAAUCAAAGUACCACAAUCUCAGACAAUGUAUUCAGUUAUCAAGAUUUGGCGAAGGCAACUGAAAACUUCUCCAGCAGCAACCUCAUUGGACAAGGUGGGUUUGGUUAUGUUCAUAAAGGAGUUCUUCAAGACGGAACAGAGGUUGCUAUUAAGCAGCUUAAAGCUGGAAGCGGACAAGGAGAACGGGAAUUUCAAGCGGAGAUACAGACUAUUAGUAGAGUUCAUCACAGACAUCUUGUUUCACUUCUUGGUUAUUGCAUAACCGGAUCUCAAAGGUUGCUUGUUUAUGAGUUUGUGCCUAACAAAACUCUCGAGUACCAUUUACACGAGAAAGGGAGACCAGUAAUGGAAUGGGCAAAGAGGAUGAAGAUUGCUUUGGGUGCAGCUAAAGGGUUGUCAUACUUGCAUGAAGAUUGUAACCCUAAAACGAUACACCGAGAUGUUAAGGCUGCAAAUAUUCUUAUUGAUGAUAGCUAUGAGGCAAAGUUAGCAGAUUUUGGACUCGCCAGGUCUUCCUUAGACACUGAUACUCAUGUCUCCACUCGGAUUAUGGGAACAUUCGGUUACUUGGCUCCUGAGUAUGCAUCUUCUGGGAAACUCACUGAUAAAUCAGACGUGUUCUCAUUCGGAGUAGUGCUUCUCGAGUUGAUAACAGGACGUAGACCUGUUGAUAAGUCACAGCCUUUUGUUGAUGAUGAUAGCAUCGUUGAUUGGGCGAAACCUCUGAUGAUACAAGCUCUAAUCGAUGGCAACUUUGACGGUCUUGUUGACCCGCGGCUAGAGGAUAACUUUGAUAUCAGUGAAAUGACAAGAAUGGUUGCUUGCGCUGCUGCUAGUGUCCGUCAUUCAGCAAAACGCCGCCCAAAGAUGAGCCAGAUAGUUCGAGCAUUUGAAGGAAACAUAUCUCUAGAUGACUUAACGGAAGGAGUCACUCCAGGUCACAGCACUAUCUACAGCUUAGAUGGGAGCUCGGAUUAUAGCUCAACACAAUAUAAAGAAGACUUGAAGAAGUUCAAGAAAAUGGCACUUGAAAGCCAGACGUUUGGUAGCAGCGAGUGUAGCGGUUUGACCACCAGUGAUAACGGUCAGAACCCAUCAGGCUCCUCUAGCAUCACUGAAGGUCAACGUACAACAACGCAAGAGACAGAACCGGAGAAGAAAACGGAUGAGACAACAACUUAA